AUGUCAGUAGAAGUCGCGAAGAUGGCUCUUGCGAUGGGGAAUACAAAAUUAGUAGAAAAAUUCUUGAAUUCCUUAGACAAAGCAACAGACAUUAUUAACGAAGUGAAUCCAUUAAAGAACUACAAGAGCGGUCAAGUAUCUUUGUCAGAAUUGAGAGCAUUCACGCCUUAUUGGGAUACUCAUUUGAAGAAACGGGAUAUUCAUUUCAAGUUGACUAUUUUUAACGAUAAAUGGAUUGAAAUGGAUCAUAUGGUAGACGGAAAUAAUACUUCUUCAAAGAAAAAGGAUAGACCCACUGGACAACCCGCAAAAAGCGAAUGGUGGAUGUCAUUCGCCGAUUGGACCAGAGCAAGAACUCUGAUGUUAAAAUACUUACGAGAAGUAUAUAAACAUGGCCCAUUUGCGAAAGAUUUGGAGAAACACUUCGAAUACGUAGAGAAAUUGAGUCUGAGACACAGUUGGAUUACGGCCUUUCGAUACGAUAUCAUGGUACGAACCGACGUUCUGUGCAACAGAAUCAACGGAGCACCGGGUGAUCCAAGUGUAGCUAGAGAAAAUUUCCUAGAUGAAGCCAAAGCAAGGACUGAACUUUUACAAGAUGGAAGGUCAUGUUCAUUAGAUAACCCAUAUGCGAGAGGAGGUCCAAAAGAGAAAUUUAGCCCGAUAACAGGAAAACCGUAUCCAAAAGGAAUUGACCACGAAUCUAUCGACAUAGAAAGAACAUCUGACGAGAAUUGCCUUGCACCACCGGAAUUCAAUCAACAACAUAGCUUGGUUGAAAGAAACAAUAACUUCAAGAGUUAUGAUGGUACUUUCAAGAGGAACGAUAACUGGCAGAGUUAUCAAGCUAAGAAUGACAAUUAUCAAAACAGAAACAGAAGGAAUAACCGGGGUAAAGGUUUGAGAAAGGAAUUAUCCCCAGGUCCUUAUCAACGUUUUGAUAAAUCUAAAGGGAAACAGCCAGAGAAGUCGAACAUCAGAGAUGAUGAUAAUCCUAGACAGUCUGAGCAGUCUGUUAAAGAUGUGACCGACAAGUAA